CUGUGAAGGAUGUAUACCGAGUAAAGCCAUAAAUCUUAUAUUGGGGAGCUCCGGCUUUUGCAUGACGGCAUUAGCAACGUUAAGCCUAUUGAUCUAAGUGUGAUCAGACCCGCUCCUCAGCAGACCGUUAUGUUUACUGUCGGUGGCCUGUCGAAAGAACGGGGUAGGGGCAUGGCUAAGUUACCUGCCGUUCAUAACCUACCUAGAUGAAUGACAGUCAGCAGGUAAUGACUCCCCCCGUUUUGUUGACUUGCAUGGGCUUUGAGUUAAACACUGGGAAUAAAAUACCGCUUCAAGAAUGGAUGAAAAGACAGAAUCAGUGGGUGAGGAAAUACCUUCCCCAAGUCAAGACAACACCAGAGACCCAAGAGAACAUCUACCUAGACUAGAGUCCACAAGCAACUACAAGGAAAGUGGGGACAGUUCAAAGUCUCAGGAUCUCAGUCCUACUACGCAGCUGGUGAACGCUACUAUCCUUGAGAGUCUGUAUGAGCUUCAGCUAGCUGGGGAAAUCUCUCUGUAUUCUUCUGACUCUGAUUUGAACAGAUCCCAGCUUGAACCUAUCCUUGAAGAAGAGGGUUCUGUGGUCAGUGAGGAUAAUCUUGACAAGGAACAGAAGCAGAGUGUGUUGGAAGAGAGUUUAGUUCCUCCAAUUACUGAACCUUCAGAGAGAGACAGGAAAACACGGAUUGUGAAUUCUGAGGAUUGUGUAGAUAAGAACCAGAACCACGUAGAAAAGGAUAGUGUUUCGGGUUCAGAACCUGCAAGGGUUGAUCGUGAUAGUAAGAAUCCUGAGGAUACUGUACAGGAUUCAGAACAAGCUGCAGGUGAUCACAAGGAGGAAGAUUUGGAAGUGAGUGAGAAAACCGAAAGUGGAUUAGGCAGAUCUGUUGAGACAAGUGAUCAUCUUGAGACAGCUACACCAGACCCUGACUCAGAAGCUACUCAGCCAAGUCAGGAUCUUGAAUCAGAAGCUAAUGAAGUGGACAAAAGUGGAGGAGAUAAUUCUGGCGAAUGUUGUCAGGCUGUAAAAAGUGAUACAUCUUUGAAAGGUGAACCAGCUGGUGAUAGUCCAGCACCAAGAGCUGCAUCACCACAUCUCGUUGGAAGCAGCUUCAAGGAGGCAACUGAAACAGGUGAUGGUGUGAAUGGAAAUCUACAAGGUGUAGAAAGGUUACCUGAGCCCAAUUCGAAGGAUACUACUAAAGAGGAGACUAGUGUUGAAGAGAAGGAGAAUUAUCCAGAUGGAAAGGACAAUGUGACAGGAGUUGAAACUGAUUCUAAGGAGACUACACAAGCAGACAGCAAGAAUCCUCCACCCAACACAAUGGGGUCUGGAGCGUCCAAGGAUGGGGAGUUUGUGGAGGAUGGACAAGAUGGCCAGUAUGCCCAGAGGUCAAUGGCUCCCAUACAUUCAAGGAUGUCGCCUUCAGGGAGCCAGAUCACACAGAGGUCAGGGUCACCGCUGAAGAGGAAGAUGUCAUCCCUUAGUCGGCACCUGUCAAAGUCGCAGCUGGGGAUAUCAGGGCUUCCCCCAUCAGCCUCCCACUUCAGCACUUCAGUUUCAAAGUUUAUAGGCUCUGAUGGAUAUGAAGAGGCUAUUGUCAAAAUCACAAAAGUUGGAUUUAGUCUGCCAGAGAUUACAAUAAUGGAAGGCCAAUCAGUCACAUUUGUAUGGGAGGAAAGAGUAUCCAUGAUACAGGUUGUAUAUGAUGGAGAGAAGCUGCGACCUGUGAUUGGUGGGUAUCAGGCCAGUCCUGAUGAAACAGACGGACAGUAUGAGCUGCAGUUCAACCUGGAGGGAGAGUACAAGUUUGCCUUGAAUGGAGUUCGCUGUACCCCUCUGGCUGUGCUGGUGCGGCGACGGAUGGACCUUCAGGCUGUUGUAACAGAUGAAGGGUUUUCUCCAGACAUUAUUGAGAUCUUCCAGGGUCACACAGUGAAGUGGUCAUGGAAGCAAUGUGCUGUACCCCACACCAUCAAGGAAGUCAUCCUCUGCAUGGACAGGGGCUCCUUCAGGAAGCAGCCCACAAACUCCAGUGUGGUGGCCACGGUGUCAGGAAGCUACAGACACACCUUCCAACGUCCAGGCCUGUACUACUUCCAGACGGAGAGCUUGGAACUAGGACGAACUCACCUGUGUGUGGUGCAGGUCAGAGAGGCACCCAGAGAGCAUAAGAUCGAGAUCCUGGACCGCUCCUUCCAGCCCAUGAUCCUGCUGAUAGAGGAGGGAGACAGAGUGUGGUUCCACUGGGACAAACACAAGUGUAAGAAGCACCACAGCAUCUACCAAGUGGAAGCUCCAGCCGUGGACCUGGAGGAAGACGAACCGUACAUUCCGAUCAAGGAAGGGUUCCGAUGGACUGUCCCCAGCAAGCAGGGGAUGUUGUCACAUGAGUUCCAUAAGACAGGGGUGUACUAUUUCUCCGACCAGAACUUUGAGGAGGCAGCCGAGUAUCUAGGCACCAUCAUUGUCAAGCCUCGUCCCAAGGAACACUACAUAGAACUCAGGGAAAAGGGCUUUGCACCUGAUCUGCUGUUUGCCAACACUGGAGACAGGAUCUGGUGGACGUGGGAUGGAGAGGGUAUCGUCAACGUCAAUGAAACUCUCCUGGUCCUGGAGGAAGAUAAGUGUCUCAACCCCAUCGCUCGGCGCCCAUCAGCUGAAACUGAAGAAAUGUACAUGGAUCUGGACGAAGCGUCGAUGAAGCUGCUGACACGUGUUGGUCAUGCAACGUAUCACUUCACAACAAUCGGUGUGUACAACUUUCGCGUGGCGGACACAGGUGACAGCUUCACCACCUGCUCUGUUGUGGUCAAUCCAGGGUCUCGGAACCACACAGUCCAUCUGACAGACAAUGGGUUUGAGCCGAAGGUGAUCACAAUCCGGCCUAAUGACCGAGUGUGGUGGGUGUGGCAGAGUGGCAAGAAACAGCAUAACAUUAUUCAGGUAUCCCACCAAGGUGUGCCUAUCACCAAUGGUUUCUGCAGUGGCCAGACACGAGACUCUCCAUCAGCAUUCACUCACCAGUUCAUCAUGCCAGGAGUCUUCUACUUCAUCAGUAAAAACCUGCCUAAAGUGUUCGGGGCUGUCGUCGUGUCCACACAACCUCAGGUCCAUGAAAUCAGCGUCACUUCCUCUGAAAUCAAGCCAGACCCAGUUGUGAUCCAGGUGAACGACAUUGUGGCGUGGACGUUCCGCAACCCACGGACAUUUGAUGUGGCGCUGGUGGAGACCGUGGACCAAGUGCUGGAUGCCCAGUUCUCUGAGAAGGUCCUGGCUCCCAGACGGUGUAUUCCCCGAGCUCUGACGACCACAGGGAUAAAACACUACCACAGCAAGUCCUUCCAGAAGCAGAAAAGCAACCAGAAACAGUUUAUGGCCGAAACCAAACUGAGCAGUGUGAUAGCAGACGAGAGAUACGACAACGAAGUGAUCCGUGUAGAUAACCAAGGCUUCCAUCCAGCGAAACUCUUCCUACAAAAGGGCCAGAGUGUGUUGUGGACGUGGAAGGGCAGCGACAUCCCGCACAACAUCAUCCAUGUCAACUCCCCCGACAGUGAUAAUCCUCUGAAUGUGAUUCAAGGAGCCCAGUCUUUCAAUAGUGGCAAGCCAGUCGCAAACAACAGCUUCCUGUACACAUUUGACGAGGAGGGUAACUACACAGUUGCCUCCCAGGGGGCGCCAGGUUUCGCCUGCACCAUCGUAGUCAUGGAUGUCGCACCAAGGUGCCCGGAGCCUCGCAUCACAUCCGAGUCCAAUGGUGGCACGGUGAACCGCUACAGUAUUGUGAAACUAGCGUGUCCGUUGGACGGUACUACUAUUCACUACACCACAGAUGGGUCUCUACCAGCCCUGCAUUCUGACUCAACAAAGAGGUACAAGCCAGAUCAGGGGGUUAUUCUGAGGGACUCUGGGCUGAGCUUUGUCCGAGCCAUGGCAGUUACUGACGGCUACCUCAACAGUCACAUCUUCACUUCCAGUCGGUUCUGGGUGCUGACAAGAGGAGAGGAUGGAGAGGCUGUUCCAGAAGAUUCCGUGACAGAUGAUAUCCAGGACAAGCAGGAGACAUCGACAAGUACCUGGAACUGGUGGAACUGCUGCCCCACCAUCAAGGGGUGCUUCACGUCCCCAGGGGUCAUGGAGCUGUACUGGGAGAAGCCAUCAGAAGGGGCACAGCAUCUUGUCAAGGGAUACCAGGUGUACCUGAACGGCGUGACAUACUGUGAAAUGUUCCCCAGGGACAACAACAGCAUCAACAUCAGCGGCAUGGCUGGCAACCGUCUGUAUGAAGUCUAUGUGGAGGUCUAUCCUAAACGCUCAACCGAAGAACCUCAGAAGUCGAACAAACUGCGUAUGCGAUGUCCAUCCACGACGCCAGAGGGCGGCCCAGUCAUCUCUGUUGAGGUGUCCGAGAAGUCCGAUGCCCUGACCAUCGUGUGGAUGUCCAUGGACACUCCAGAAGUCCCCAUUGAUGGCUACCUUGUCUUCCUAGAUGACCAGCAGUGUGGACCCAAGCUGGUACCGGAUGAGGAUUCUAACAGAUGUAAAGUGAUUGUGGGCAGCUGUGAACUAGACAAGACCUACAAGAUAUACGUCCUGGCGCUGCUCAAAGGAUCCGAUGAGACGCGGAUGUCCAACAUCCUGGAGGUGGAGCUGCCCCUGGACAAGACGCAGAUCAUCUUGCCAGGGGAGGACCAGAGGCUGGAGGAUGACGAGGUGUACCAGGAGUACCUGGAGAUCCACGAGGGCUCGGGAUACCUCCCUGAGAUGGACAAGUCUGCGAAGGAGGACGUGGACGGCCAGGACGGGCAGAAAGUGGACACCUCACCACCUGUCAUGCUCGAUGCUUCCACUCUAGAAGAGAAGAAUCAACAUGCUAGUGCACUUCCGCCCAAGGUUAUUGAAGUUGAAACAAGAGGCCCACCAUUGUUUCCCCACAAGAAGAGGCGACUGAGGAGCUAUGCCAACAUAUACGUGUAUCAGCGAGUCAAACAGGAUGCUGUUGAACCCAAGAAGAGUAGCCUUUCCCGUUUCAAGAAGUCCAUAGCAGCAUCAAGACAUGCCAAUACAUUUGGGAGGAGACUGUCACAGGCCGCUCCACCAGAACCACCUCCAGAACCAGAGCCGAGAUCUGAUCCCAGGUUCAGGAGGCAGGCUUCAAGAAUUGCUAAUUUGGGAAGACUUGGUUUGAAGAAGAGACAUCAACCCUUAGAAGAAGAACCACAACCAGAACCAAGAUCCAAAUUUAGUUUCAAGUCAGUUGCUUCUACUGUUCUUGAGUUUGUGUCAAAGCAGCGUAAGAUCCAAAGAGCUGUUGCUCCCAAUUCCACAGGUCGGGUUCAUAUAGACUUUGCCCGUCUGAAGAGUUUCGUAGGCAGCAUGAUGCCCAAAUUAGCUGCAGUAGCUGCAGCAGCUAAGAUGUCUCCCCCAAAGCUGGAGGAACCAGAGAGUCAGAGAGACUAUGAUGACGAGCGGGAGGGCAGGAGGUACAGGGAUGACUAUCGGAGGCAAGGCAGUUAUGACAGGUCACCCCAGAGGUAUGACCCUGAGUAUGAUGACCACCGCAGAGAUGACCAUUACUCCAGAUCUCGACACAGAGAUGAAUAUAGGCAGGGGAGCUUUGAGAGGUCUCCACACAGAAUGGACGGAUAUCGUCAGAAUAGUUAUGAUUCUCCGUCUCAAAGGGGAGACAGGUUCCGUCAGGCCAGUUUUGAUCGGCCGUCUCGGGAUAGACAGGGGAGUUUUGAUCGAUCACCUAACCGGUUUGAUUCCAGGUAUGAUGACAGACGAGGAGGAUAUGAGCAGCCGCCAAGUCGAUCAGAUUAUGAUCAGGAUGAUUAUAGACAUUCCUACGAUCGCUCACCUCACAGGUCAGAUUAUGAUGAUGACCCAAGACGAUACAGACGAUCACCUGUCCCACCAGAUUCUGACUACAGCAGACGGUCGUAUGAUCGGUCGCCUGCACAGAGUGACAAACAUGACUGGUACAGACGGGAGCACUUCCGUCGCUCGUCAGACUACGAAUCUGAUGACUAUAUGCAGCCGCCAACAAACAGUAGGGAAUAUGACUGGCACAUGUAUAACGCUCACAAGCAACGUUCAAGAGACAAGGGGCAUCUGAGAAGAUACAAUUCAGAUCCUAGGGCAGACUCUAAGAAGCUGUCUGUGCCUGUGUACCGUGGUGACGAGGACUCGGAUGACUUCGGUGAUGAGGAGGCCGAGCAUAUUUACCAAGUCAAUCGCUACAAGAUGCGCAGGAAGUCGGCUGCUGAGGAAAAGAGGCCAAAAGAAGUCCAGUUCAUGUUUGGUCCAGGCGAACAUGGUGGUGAUUCAGAAAGUGGAGACACUUUGACACCAUCUCCGAGGGUGUUUAACAGAGAUCUUUUCUCACCUCGCAUUGAUCAGCAAAAACGACCUUCAGAUGGUCAUUCAAGGUCAUCUCAUCGGUCAAACACCAAUCUGAAGUCUAUCUUAAAGCACAGUGACUUCUUCCAAGAUCCAUCGGAUAAUAUUGACAUUCGAGGGACGAAGGGAGGAAUGCUUCAUCGGUAUCUGGAAAUAUUUGAGAAUUCUCCCAAAAGAGAAGAUUCAGACUCCUGUUCUGAUGAAGACCAAGGGGUCAUGACUGACGACAACAUGGAGAAAUCCACUCAGACACGACGAGGGCGCAGUAAGCAAGGCCGACGGCUUGACGACAGCCCCCUUCCUCAGAGUCUGAUUGAUCAAAGUGAGUCCGAGUCUGAGAGCGAGUCCGAGUUUGAGUCUGAGGAAGAAGAUUUUCCUGGCAACAAUGUUGUCAUCCUGGAUGCAACCAAAAACCAAGCUACCGACUCCGGCAGGACUGAGAAGAAGCACACUUCCAGACGACGCAGACCUGGAGAUUCUAAACACUCGUCCCCACGGAAACGCUUUUCUCCACGAGAUGGGAAGUAUAUAGAACCGGAGGAUGAUUUGAUGGUGACCCACGCCAACGACAGGGAGCCGAAGCGGAAACGCACCAUGGCCAUUGUGGAAGUGCAGCAACAGGUGGAACUGGACGUGGACAGGAUGGCGGUCCAGGGCAGCUCGGAAAGAGCAGACCGCAAAGUGGCAGUUCCAGGAGCACGCGACGGGGCCAGCAUGAUGCAGAUCGGAGAGGGAGAGUUCAUCCUCGGCGAUGGGGAUGGUAUCCUGCCAGCUCCUUCCAUCAUGGUGGAGUCCCGGGGCAAAAACGGGGUGAAAGUCGUGUGGGAGCUUCCAAAGUCGGUCGACUCCCAGUACAAGCUGCUGUUGUAUGUCGUCAAUGUCGUUGGAACAAAGUUCACCAGCGAUAUCAACAGUGAUAUCAGCUUUGAGUGUAACCUGGUUGAAAAGGGGAAGCCAGUGCGGGGUGUUCAACAUUGCUGGAACAUCUCCGACAAGCAGAAGUGUACCAUCAAGGGGCUGGUGCCUGGACUCACCUACAGAGUAUAUGUGAUUGCCAACUACUCAAUGGUGCAUGGGCAGCAGGCAUGUGAGAUUCAGACAACAUCUUCAGUCCUCUACUACACCACCAUGGGCCCACCAAAACCUCCCAAGAUCAAGAUCAUCAGUGUGGACCUCUACCAGGCUGUUGCUGAGUGGGACCCGCCCUCGGUGCACCCUGACCUCAAGCUGAAGGGCUACCAGAUCUAUGUGGACAAUAAACCUCUCGGUGGUGUCCGGUCAAGCGAUGUCCGGCAGAUGGUCAUCAACAACUUGAUACCAGGCAAGACUCUCAGUGUGUAUGUGGUUGCCAUUACGUCACGGGCGAGUCAGGAGAGUGAGCCGUCACGGACGAUGCACAUCACAUGUCCGCGCCGACCGCCAGCAGUGGUCAUUAGCCAGCAGCCGUCUUACAAGAAGGGGUGUGUGCUGGUGGCCUGGGACAAGCCCAGAUACACACAUGCUUCCAACGAUGAGGAGAUCUCACUGUACAGUAUCUACAUAGACGGUCACUGGCAUGGUGAAGUGAAGGCCAACAAGAUGAGUGACAAACAGGGCUACCAAUUCUUCCUAACCGAUCUCUCUCCAGAGCAGCCCUAUGACAUCUCCAUCAGGGCAAUCUGUGGCACUCGGCGAGUGGACUCUGAUGCCCAGCACAUUUACUGCCUCAGUGACAGCAGCAUGUCCAACAUCGUCCCCGUGAUGGCGCCAGCGGCACCCAAGUCGCCCAAGCUGAGGCUGGAGGGACUCCACCCUGGUGGUAUUGACUGCACAUGGCAGGUGCCCCAACAGUUCGGAGAUGCUUCUAUAUCAGGCUACCAGAUGUUGAAGAACGGCAAGCUGUACGGCUCCAUCAUCCCUCCAGACGUGAACAGCCUCCGUAUCCGGGACAUGAUGCUUGGGGAGAAGGUGGAGCUGAAGCUGAUCGAGCUCACCGAGCACCCCGUCGGGAAGGACACACGCAAGUGUUUGGAUGGCGACUCGGGGAUCGAGGGGGGACUCAGUCAGCCAGACGAGAGAAUCACAGCCACCAUGCCAGAGCCACAUAAACUUAUUUUCCACGCACAUGACGAUCCUACGGCAGAUCUGCCAUCAUCUGUUAAGGAUGUUUUCAUUGGCGACCGUUACUCUGGGUGUGCCCCUGGUCCGGAGCUGGUGGUGCACUACACGGGUCUCGUUCAGCCCCCGAGGGAGGUGUGGUGUGAGCAGGUCACAGGACACUCAGCACUCAUUGUCUGGAAUACAGAUUUUGAACCCAAGGCUCACUUUGUCCGUCCUGACAGCUACCAGGUGACAUGGUGGCCAGGUGACCGCCCUGAGGAGGAGAUCAACAGCGACAGCACAACAGAGGACCACCUGCUCAUCACCAGUCUGCGGCCAUGCACCUCCUACACCGUCGUUGUGGAGGCCAGGAAAAUGGAGAAGUACACUGACAUUGAUGAAGGAACUUGCACAACAGAGACACCCGAUGGCCUUAAUGCAUUUAUCCUGACAUCCAAGUCGGACCAGCUGUCUGUGAAGACAGCCUCCCCACCUGAUGCUCCUCGUAACCUAGGGGUGAUCGCUACCACAUGUAACAGCCUGAAGAUUGCGUGGGACCCACCCCAGGAGCAUGGAGUGGAGGUCAUCGCUAUGCGGAUUGAAUGUGUGUCCCUCAACGCUAACGAUCCCCAUCAUGUGUGUGUGGACACCAUGCCGGACGCCAAGAUGGCCAUUGUUGAUCACCUGCAGGAGAAGACAGACUAUCUUGUUCGAAUCAUUGCUGUCACUGACGAGUAUUUUGACCGUCUGCCAGACAAACACAAAUACAAGAAGCACCGCUCUAUACCCAAAGAGACCAUGAUCUCACCAGAUGAUUCCGUAUGGCUUCCAAACUCAAGUAUUCUGGCAAAAACUGCUGGAACAGAACCACCAACCAACAUCAAGGUCUUACAAUCUUCCACAACAUCACUACGCCUGACCUGGACUCCGCCAUUGGUGUACGGGUCAAACAAACUUCAAGGUCAGAUCGUCCGGUGGGCAGACGUGAAGAAGGGCAGGUUAAAGGAUGAAGAUUUGGUUGUUGCUAGUCAUGUAAAUCUUCUCGCUACAGAGGACAGUCUCACAAUCGAAGAUCUUUCUCCGGGAGCCCAUUAUAGAAUAGUCAUAGAAGCUGUGGUAAGCAUCAAAACUUCUCUGGAUCCAGACAAGUGGGAUUCUGGGAUUGAGAAAUAUAGAAGGACAGCUCAUGUUAUGUCCAAGGCCCUGAUGGCAAGGACAAGAGCCCCGAUUGAGCCUCCCCGGCUCCUAGUGUCGUCCUACACUCAGAACACUGCCAACCUGUACUGGGAAAAGCCACCACUGAUGUCUGUGAUCGGCAAAGAUGACGACGGUCGACCGAUCUACCUGAGGAGGUACUUGGAGGGCUACAAGCUGGAGAUCAAUGGGAAGCUGCAGUGUUGUCUGGGGCCAGCUGCUCAGAGCUGCACUCUCACCAAGUGUAAGCCAGGGAAGAUGUACAACGUGACGCUGGUGGCGCUCACCUGCACCGAGGACGCCAAGAAGGAGAGGAAACAGAAGUACAAGGGUUUCUUCAAGAAUACUAACCCCCAGGACCUGGACUAUGCCACCAUCUUGGAUGACCCAGAGAGCCUGGAUGAGGCACCAUCAGACUCUGCAGAGAUCACACUGCCCAAAAACCAGGAGGGCUUCAUAUCCACACUUACUGCUGAGUUUCUCCACCAAGCUGAGAGAGACAACAAAACGUUUGGAGAUGUUGUCCUGUCCUGGACCACUCAGGGGCAGAUAACUCCACUCAAGCAGUUCAAUGUUAUAUGGUAUUGUGAAGACAGAGUUAUUCAAACCAAAUAUGUCCAGCCCACGCAGAUGCAGUGCACCAUCCCCAUCACCAGGAUCAAAGCCACGUACACCAUUACUGUAGAGCCAGUCUACUUCACUGAUGUCAUCCCUCAGACAGCCCAGGAGAUACAGAUCAUGAUCCCUGGGCCACCUGAUGCCCCCGAGAUCUUCCUUAGAACAGUCGAACCAGAGGAGUUCAUCAUUGAGUGGGGAGAGCCCAAGUUGUAUGGAGGGAUCAGGGUUAAAGGGUAUCAGGUCUACUUGAAUGAUAAGAAAGCAGGCAAUGAGCUGAGUAGCUCCCAUAGGAAAGCUGUGAUUCCAUGCAGGCCAAACCGGACGUACAAGAUCAGCCUGGUGGCCCUGAGCUCCAACCCUGAGUACAUGGACUCCCCCAAGUCUAACAGCCUGCUGGUGAACACAUCGUCGUCUUCCCCCCGGCCCGGGGAGAGCAGCCUCAGUCUGGAGGACUGGUCGUCCACUGCUGAUGACCAUGAGGUCCCCCUCAAGGUGACCCGCAUCUCUGAGAACUCCAUCCACCUGGACUGGAGCACCUUCCUGGAGACAGAGGGCAUCGGCUUCUACAAGAUACAGUGGAGCAGUGUGGCACAGCCAGCGCAACGUGAGGUGCGUCUGUCUGAGAGGGACACCAACUGUGUCAUCAACAAGUGUCUGCCCGGCACCACCCACUUCGUGCGUCUGGUGGCAUACAAUGAUGAGGGUCAGAUCAUGGACAAGUCCAAGCAGCUGACUGUCCAGACGUCUGCCCCACCAGAUGGCCCAGUGCUGUCCAUCAGGGCGUGCAACUUCCGCUACAUUGCCAUCCAAUGGGACAAGCCCAAUACAUAUGGAGAUGCUCUAGUCACAGGCUACAAGGUCUAUGUUAACGGAAUUGUUGAGGCCAUCUUGAAUGCCGACCAGCUCAGCUUUACGUUCACACAUGGCAAAUGGUGCCAGGAGUAUUCCUUCCAAGUCCAGGCCCUUACUGCCACGGAACGCCUCAACAGCAAGCCCUCCGAGCCCUUGGUGGUGCCGUGGCCUGGGGUGAAGCCACCAGCCAUCUUCCGCAUCCCGUCGGUCAGCAGCUCCACCCUGAGAGUGGGCUGGGAGGCUCCCUACAUGACAGAGGGCAUCAAGGUCAAGCACUACAGGCUGUGUUGUGUGGAGGAGGACACAGAGAAGCUGGUGCAGAGUAUCGGACCAAUCCACCCUGACACCCGCGAGGCCGAGUUUAAACAUCUCAAGAAGGGAAACUACUCUGUCUACCUUGAAACACACUUAUAUGGGACAAGUGAUGUGGUGAGGUCGGACAUGAUCCGCAUGCAGCCUGCGCUGUCCCCCGACCCCCCUGUCAUCAGCAGCACCAUCGCUGGCCUGGAGGAGCGCAGACAGAUCGAGAAGGUCACCUGUGACCUCGUCAACAAGCGAGACAGGUUGAUACGAGCCGUAGGACAUAAGUUAAAGAAAAUUGGUGCCCUGGCUCACCCAAUCAGAGCAGAGAAAAAUGAUGACAUCAUCCUGGGAGCACACACACUCACCCGAGUCGAGGAGCUUCUGGAGGACUGCUUCAAUGCUCUAGAACAGUACACAGGCCACCUGAUUGCCCAUGUGAGCUGGCAGUGCCCACAGUCCAACCCCGACAUGGCCAUCUCCAGCUACAAGGUCCUCAUCGACGGCAAGCAGUACGGGAACGCCAUGCACUCCGGGGUCAAGACAGUCAGGAUCAAGCUGGGCCUGGAACAGUCCAGCUACAAGCUGUCCCUGGUGUCCAUGAGUGAGAAGCCGCAGGGCACCAGCGAGGAGUCCAACACGGUGGAGCUGCUGGCCACGCCCUUCAAACCCUUCUCCUUCUACUGCUACCAUGCCAUACACAACAAGGACACAGCCUGGCCGUCGUACGGCUGCUGCAAGUACCAGGACUCCAUCACAUAUGAGCGGCAGGUAGCCAAGAAGCUGGCCAACCAAGGCCUGCUGCAGAAACACGUCCCUCCACCAGCCUGCAGUCUCCUAGAUGUGUUCGACGGGGUGUUCAAGCCUCUGAUGGGAGCACACAAACCCCAGCAUCCCACUGUGCUACUCUUCUGGACACCAUGGUGCCUGCCUUCACAACAGAUCAUGUCUUUUUACACAAGAUUUGCCAGGGAAACCGCUAAAGAGUUCACGUUUGUUGCUGUAACGUGCGGAAUGUCUGGUGUGUCUGUGGCAGACAGGAAGAGCCUCAUCCAUCUCAUCACCUCCAACGGUUGGCGCGAGGACGGCAUGGUCUGGCACUGCACCAGCGAGUGUGCAUCCAACGUCUACGAGGCUGCCAACAAUGUCCGCAAGACACCCACUGGCAUGAGGCUAGAGAGUGACGUGGAGGGCGAGCGGCAGAUGGAGCUGACAGAGCUGCUGGGUAUCGCAGGAGUCCCCACCUUCCUCUUCCUUCAUCCUGACGGAUACAUCGCCUGGCAUGGUCGGUACAGUGCCUACGACUACUCGUCAUUCUCCGCCUUCAUGCGCCACACCAUGAGUGAGGUGCUCCACCAGCCCUGCCCUGUCUACAACUGUGACUGCUGCAAGAACGACAUGACCCUGGAUGAUGAACUCUUCAACUCAGGACUUCUUUUCUCCAAUGAGAACAGUCGCCAUGGUUCACCAAAGAGUGUGAGCAUCAUGUUGAAGGAGGACACGCCCCUCCCAGUCCCGGGGUCUAAACACAGCCCAUCCCACGAGCUGAAGUACCUCCCACACAACGGGUAUGCCAACAAUGCAGCAGGUACAGACAGGGUGUUUCUACGCAGGAAGCAGUCGCCCAAGAGGAAGAAGACACGAAUCAGCGUCAACAAUCGGCCGUUCUCAGCCUCGGCUUCUGUAUCCCCCCCUCAGUUACAGAACAGUCCUUACCUCGACCGUCUCCGCCCAACAUCACCCCGAUCUUACAGGACACGGAACAGGCCAGUCAGCGCUAACAGACUCAACCAUUAUGUAUAGACCUGUCCAUGAGGUCUUCUCAAGCUAAUUAUGCAGUGACUACUGACUUUGAAACCAGAGAAUGUGCUUAACUGCAUAUGAAGAUCUAUGCAUGUUCAUGACUGAUACCAUUUCAGUAGUGUCGUCAAGAAAAGAUCUGGACCAGAAUUAUGUUCUUGGAAUUGCAAAUAUAUUUAUUUUGCAUAUACCAAGUGUGGUCUUUAAUUUUAAGGCAGCAUUUGGAGAAUGACCUGUGCCAAUAGAAUCAAAUGUUUUCACAUCAGAUUUUGUUCUAGAGCUAAUUUUGCCAUGAUUUGCCGUGAAAGGAUUUGAUGCAAGUAACUGCUGAGCCUGCAGGUGGAGCUAAGAUUCUGAUAACAAUUGUGAAUCAUACCAUUGUCAAGACAAUCGAGGGGUUUUGUACACAUAUACCGGUCACAUUGUAAUUAUCACCGGUACAAUGACUCCGGCAAAUGAUAGUGAGAACAAUGGUACUGUGUCAGUUUAAUGAUUUCUUUUCAAUAAUGAAAUACCACCAGAUGUCUGUUUGACAUCAGGAGAAUUUGUUAGAUGUUCUAUGCAAAAUAUAAUUGCUUUUGGUUGGAAACAGCUUUCAGGGAUGGCAACAGGAACCCUAUUUUCAGUUGAGAACUUAAUAUUGUGUCAUCGAAUGGGGGGGGGUUCAGUGGGAUUCAAGACUCAGAUGAUUCACAGAAAUGAUGUUUGAAAAAAAUUGGCGGAAAUCCACCGAUCAGCAGAAAAUUGCUAUCCCUGAGUUUUAGAAAAAUCAGAAAUCAUAACCAGAUGCCAAAAUAAUACUAGCCUAUAUUUUGGAAACUAUUGUUUGAAUUUCCCAAUUAUCAAAACCAUUUCAUGAUUUGGACAUAUCCAGUUGUUUUUAAAUGAUGCAAAGAAUCUUUCAUUACCUUGAUACAACUAUCUGUGAUAUUUAUUUAUAUUUAAGAUUUAUUACAUUUUGUCUGUGAUACUGUUUUACCAGCUGUAUAUUGUAAAUAUAUAUUCUGAAUGUUGAGAGGCCACUACUGCAAGUAUCAUUAAUGGUCUCCUUAUGCCAAGAGCUAGCACACAUAUUUGUAAACACAAAUUGUUUCUCAAUAUUUACAUGACACACACAAUACUAGAAUGUUUAGUGUUAGUUCAAUCUACCUCACAUCCCUCCUCUCAGAACACCAGUUUCAUUGAUCUGAUUUGAACUACAUAAGGAUGUAAUACAUACACAACGUGACCAUUUCUCCACAAGUAUGUGCUGCCUGAACUGAAAGGUUUUUAUUGAAGCUAAACAUACACAGCAGUGUAUGAAAUAAGCCAAAAUCGCAGCCAGACAUCAGGGUGAGUAACUUCAAAAUGUUACCAGCCCAAAAUGGAUUUAACCAGACAAUCCGAUGAAAAUAACUCAGUUGUUAGUUACAAUGAAUAAUUUGAUGUCCUGAAAAUAGAUUUUAUGUCAUAAUGAUAUGGUGGAUUUACUCCGAUGUAUGAAACAUGUUAUCUAAACUUUUUACCAGACCAUCGGCCUGGCUAGCUGUAAAUUUAGACCAUAUGUCAGAAAUUUAGUCAGUCUCGGGCUGUCGGACGGGCCGUAUUUCAUACACUGAUACACAGAUACAAUAGCAUUAUGCCUUUGCUAGGGUGUAUCAAACAGUUCAUUGACAUUAAUCUUUGUAGACUGACUUAUCACCUUUGUUAUGUUUAACAAUCAUAUCUUUAAUACUAGUGAGCUGUAUUGAGGUAGAUAGCUUGUAUUCCACAACCAGUGAGAACGAUAGUUGGUUUGUUAACUGCUGUGAUAUAGUUAUAUAUUCAACUCUCGACAUAUAACGCCAAGCCUGACAGUGGCUAUAAUCAAAACAUGAAGCAUACAUGUAGAUUACAAUGCUUGUCUCAAACAAGAGGAGGGUCACCCUUUUCAGUUCUUCGUCCAUUUCAUGUCUAUUGCUGAGUGAUGUGUGUUAACUACAGCUGAUUGUAUGGAAUAUGGCAUCUUUGAUGCAGAAAGGUGUCAGUUGCUGAUUUUGAAAAAUGUUUACAGGAUAUCACCUGCUGUACUCAUUUUAUGAAUAUACAAGUAUCUAAGAUCCUGAUUCUGUGAUGAGUUUUCACUUCAUUAAUCAUAUGAUUUCAUCCUGCCAAAUAAGCUGAAUCCAUGUGUGUAUCCACAGUAACAUGCUUAAUGGCACAUUGCUUUCAAGAUAACUGUAUAUCAUAUUAUUUUUGUAUCAUAGUGUAGACACUGUAUAUUUCUAUUUGAUUUGGAAUCUGAAAUGUGCAAAUAUACUUCCAUAACUGUAACAUUGUUUGAUUGAUUGCUGGAGUGACAUGCGUCCGAUACCCGUUGUUUCUGUGGUGUUGUGAUGUAUAUAACACACAGGGCCCCCUAGAAUGUCACCUAACAGAAUAACUACCAUUUAUCAUGUAUUAAGCUGAGUAUAAAGUUGUUGAAUAAAAUCUUGCAGUUGUA